UAACCGCUUGAAGAAAAAGAAAAAAAACACGAAAAGGGAUAACUAAUAAAAUGACUAUUAAUGACAAAGACUUAGCUCGCACGGAAACGCUUCUGUUAAACCCUAACAUCCCUCCAAGAAACAAUUUCUUUGACGAGCUCUCUCUUCUUCUUCUUCUUCUUCUACAAGUUUCUGAGAUGGGUUGUUGUUCGUUGGAUUGCUUUGUCUACUUCGUCCUCUCUAUUGCUUUAGCUUUCAUGGCCGUCUCCACCACUCUACCUCCACCUCCAGAUUCCAACAUCACAAAACCUAACGUCAGACCCCUUUCUCAUCGUGAUCCUCUCUCUUUAAACGCUUCACAAGCUUUACGUCAAUCCAACUUCAAAGCAAUCGCCACUCUCCUCCGCAUCUCCCCUGAGAUCUUCCUCUCUUCUUCUUCUCCCAACACCACCCUAUUCGCUAUUGACGACUCUUCCUUGUUCAACACGUCAUCUCUUCCUCCUCUGUUUCUGAAACAGCUUCUUCAAUAUCACACGCUCCCUCUAAGGCUUCCGAUGAAGGACCUCCUACAGAAGCCUCAAGGAACCUGUCUCCCUACCCUUCUCCGUCACAAGAGCGUCCAGAUCUCCACCGUUGACAAAGAAUCAAGAACCGCAGAAGUUAAUCAUGUCAUGAUCUCACAUCCGGACAUGUUUCUUGGGGAUUCUUUGGUUAUUCACGGAGUUCUUGGACCCUUCUCACCUCUUCAACCUCACAUGGAUCAUAUCCCUCAUUCAUCUUUAUGUCAAUCUGAUAGAAACAAAACCAUUCUAGAAGAAGAAGAAGAAGCUGUCCCGGUUAAGAUAGACUGGACUCGGAUCAUUCAGCUGCUAAGUUCAAACGGGUUUGUGCCAUUUGCAAUCGGAUUACACUCUGUUCUCAACAGGAUCAUCUCAGAUCAACACAAGAACUUGACCGGAGUAACGAUUCUAGCCACACCGAGUCUGGUCUCACUGUCAUCUGCCUCUCCGUUGCUAUAUGAAGUCAUGAGACGUCACAUUAUUGCUCAACGGCUAACCAACAAAGAACUCGCUUCAAUGCCUGAUAAAGCGUUACUCAAGACACUGGAUCCUUACCAAGAUCUCAUAAUCACCAGAACAAGUGUAGUUAACUCGUCACAGUCACAGCGUUUGAUGAUCUCUGGAGUUGAGAUUAUAGCUCCAGAUAUGUUCUCUUCUUCCAACUUUGUAAUCCAUGGGAUAUCUCACACACUCUAGAGAUCCCACGUGCAUAAUUCACCAUGUCUCUUGUUGUUUCCCUUGUAAAUAAAUAGAGACAUCCAUGUAUUAAUUCACCAUCUGUUUGUUAUAUUUUAGAUCAUCCUUAGUCUCUUUUUUUUUUUGGUAAGCUAGAUCAUCCUUAGUCUUGACAUCACAAACUUGGAUCUCUUGUCUCAGGUUUGUAGAUCCAAGUUUACAUGUAUAAAAUUUUAUGAUGAAAAAAAAAAAAUUCUUUUGAAUGCAUAAUGAAAUUGAUCCGAUACGUCGUCGUUUAACCAUAUGCUAUAACUGGAGGGUAGUUUAAGUUGAAAAGUGAGGGUAAGCCGGUCUUUUCCUUAAGGAGAACUCGGGUUGUGAUUGUGAAUCAAUCGAAACUGCCUCCACUCCGCCUUUGAAAUCGGAGACACGUGCUUCACUCGUGGUGCCUAAUUGUACUGCUCAAUCUCAGGUAACAAUGUCUGAUCUGGAACCUGGCCAUAGAAGUUGCAGUGAAUCAGUGGUCGUGAAUAUGUUCAUGACAAGAAUAAUUAGAGUCUGGCUGGAACUUCAGUUGCAGGACAAAAUAGCAUCACGAUCCGAAGUGGUUUUGGGAGAAGUACGUCCUGGUUUUCACAAUGGUGCGUUGAUUGCUCAUCAAGAUGAAGCACUGUAUGUUCUAACAGGGUCUAAGACAGAGGACUUGGUACAAAUAAGUGUAAAGGAGAAGCAAACACACACAGAGUUUGAAAAAGAGUUUGAAAAAGAGUACAAUGCAAGAAGAAGAAGCAAAAGUACCAACAAGGCUGGAUAGUAAAGUUCAAGAAGAGGUCAUGGAGAAAACUGUUGAUACCAAGGCAGCAACGCAAACAAGGCAAAACUGACGCUGAGAGUCAUAAUUCUGAUGUAGAGCAUGAUGAGGCUGUGACUAGGAAGCAAUCGUACCUCAUUGGCAUGAGGGGUUUGCUCAGUUGUGGAGAGAAGGUUGUCUCGCGUAUCACAACUGCAAUAGUUGCGUACGGGCUGUGUGAGUCAGUGUAGACAUAGAUCAGGAGCAAACAUUCACUUGGAGGUGGAGCAAAUCUGAUUAUCUGCUGAUAGACUGGGGUUUUUCUACAGAAAUGUAUGAAAUUAGUGUGUGACGUGGACUGGCCGUUGAACAACGAUUCAGUUGGAUUGUUUGUUGCAGUCAACAAGUCAACAUCCAAGAUACUGUAGCUGAGUCGUCUUCUUCAUUUGAAGAUUGUACGUGUUUCGAUAGCUUAAGCUCUAUCAUUCAACAACUGUAUUCUUAAAAACGGACUUGUCAUCAUCCAUGUUUUUUUCAGUAGAUAUAGAAAUCAGAAGACUGAACUGGAAACAAACUCAAUAGACAGAGCCGUCGCCAAACCUCACAUUCAACAAGAUGGAAUCCAACAUGAGGAACAUGCAUCCACCAAAGAUGAGAUGAAAUUUAAUGCAUAUCAAAUAUUUUUGGUGUUUUUUAGCUUAUUAUCCUCUCCCACAUGACCAAUUAGUACAUAGCCUUAUAUAUAUAUAAUACAUAGACA